AUGUCGAGGAACAAGCUACGCUGUCAUGCGGACAAGUAUGCGAUUUCUCCCAGUACGGUGAACCCAACGAAGGUGAAUCCACACAAUGAGAUACCCAAGCUGAAACCGGUAUCACUGGGGCAUUCGUGCAAUGUGACGGGCGAGUGCAAGCUCAGGGACAAGCAGAGCGCGUGCAUCGACGGUGUCUGUGAAUGCCUCAACCCCACGUCGUGGUGCAGCGCAUCGCAUGCUGGCUGCCUCAGCGACACGUUCCAGUGCAGGAACGGUCAGUGCAUCUCGUGGUACUUCGUUUGCGACGGCAUGAAGAACUGCGCCGAUGGCAGUGACGAGUCCGGCUGCAAAAAACACAGCUGCCCACCCAUGUCCUUUCAAUGUGACGACGGAACCUGCAAGUCUAAGGCUUCCGUCUGUAAUGGCAAGUGGGAAUGUCCGGAUGGAAGCGACGAAGCGCGUUGCUACAAAGGGAUCAAGUGCGACAGGCACGCGUUCCAGUGCAAGAAUGGACAGUGUCUACCGAAGUACGUCUUCUGCAAUGCUGUCGUAGACUGUAUAGACGGCAGCGACGAAGAAGACGCCGCUUGUGUGAAAGGCACGUCAUGUCCGGCUGACAGCUUCCGGUGCAAGAACAACAUGUGUCGGUCGUCUGCGAUCCUGUGCAGCGGCGUUGAUGGCUGUGGAGACAACAGUGACGAAACUGGAUGCGAAGUCUGCAAAUGCGAAAAGCUAGAAGAGACGACAUCAAAUCCGUGAGACUCGACGACGUGGUUCUAGUUUUUCGGCAGUCCUCGCUGGCGUCAUCACCCAAGUCAAGUGUGCCCCCGAAGGUGACGAGAGCAAGGCAUCUGCCCCGACGGCCCGGACCGAGCUGGCGUUCCCGUGCAAGUCGUCCCGCGUCCUUGCUCCACCGUGGCCCCACCCGUUUCCAUCAUCCUAAUUUACCACGACGUACUGUGCACUUCUCAAUCUCGCAGCACCAGUGGUUGUUACCAAGCACGCUGAUACUGAGUUGUAACAAGGCAGCUACUUUAAACACUUCGUACAGUUCAGUAUUACCGCGUUUGCGAUAGUCUUUCAGUUUCAGCGCAUCUACCCCAGGAGUCGUAGGUAUAGACGUGUCAUUUUGGCGGAGCAAAGUAAUAUAUUUUGUCCAUUCUGUGUGCUCAUAACAGAGAGUUAAAGGGGGGGAAAAGCGGACUAUUUAAUGAGCUGGUACUCAUACGUCGCCGCACCGAUACAGGUCCGAGGAUUGGGGAUAUUUAGGACCGCGCCCAGAAAUGUCGUUCUGCUGAGUGUUGUGGUGCCGUGCGGAUUUUGCACAAAUGGGAGUGUUGUAUGUUUCGCUUCUCCACUGCCACAAGUGUCUGUCCUGGUGACAGCCUUUCCUCUCGCCAUGUUCAGCGUCCACUUUUUUUUAUUGUUUCAUUUGUUUCCUGUGCAAAAGGAUACCACGCGCGGUGCCACCCAACGCGUUUCAGGCGUUUGUCCACCAGCAGAACUGCGCUGUUAGUUCCAAGGGAUUUGCGUGCCAAGUGAUAAUUGGAAUGAUGUAUUUCGCGGACCUGCGAGCAGAUAAUUUAUUUCUGCGCCAGACGUACUAAUUGAAAACUUUAAUAAUUGUUUUACAACGUCUUGGGUAUUUAUACAUUUCUAUUCCAGAAAUAAAGGCAGUAUUUGUCUUGU